AUGAAGGGAAUUGAGGACAUUCAAGUUGGGCGAGGCUGGAAAUCUUCUGAUUGGAUGAAACACGCCCAAACACCGGACCUCCGCAACUCUGCGUCUCGACUCCGCCUGCGUCACUAUAUUGAAAUAUCAAGGAUCAUAUUUCAUGAUAUUUCAUGA